CGAAGACAGUAACAAUACAGAAUAUACAGCACAAUGGCGAGUUCGCAGAUUGAGCUUCACAGAUUCGAAGAUUCCCACCAAACCUCUGGAGUUUGGCAGGACCAGAGCCAUACGGCUUCGGAUGCCGAAGCUGAAUUAGAAUCUCCAAAUUCCCCUACCCCUCAUGAAUUCUCUCUGCCUCCCGUCGACGGAGGGAAGGAUGCGUGGCUCUUCCUGGCAGCGUGUUUUGUUAUCGAAGCUCUAGUUUGGGGCUUCCCUUUCACCUAUGGUGUUUUCCAGGAUUACUAUGCUACGCAUGAACCAUUUGCUGGAUCCCGAAACAUUGCAGUUAUCGGAACAUGCGCCAUGGGUAUUAUGUAUCUUGAUUUGCCCAUUAUAUUUGCAGUUUUGCAGAUAUGGCCAAGAUUCCGUCCCUACUGCACUGGCGUGGGCCUCUUCAUAAUGUGCCUAGCUCUGGCACUCAGUUCUUUCGCAACGACAACUACCCACCUCAUAGCCAGCCAGGGCAUUUUCUAUGCUAUAGGAGGCAGCCUUGCAUAUUCUCCAUGCAUAAUUUAUAUGGACGAGUGGUUUGUGAAAAGGAAAGGGUUGGCAUUCGGGAUUAUGUGGGCAGGCACUGGCCUUGCAGGGGUUAUUUUACCACUUGCUAUGCAAGUUUUCCUUGAGAAGUAUGGAUACAAACUCACCCUUCGAGCUUGGGCCGUUGCUUUGUUCGUCUUCACGGCUCCCCUACUCUACUUCGUGAAGCCUCGUGUGCCUCUAUCUCAAAGCACCCAAUCGCGCCGCAUCGAUUUCAGCUUUCUCAACACGAAGAUAUUUGGCAUUCUACAGGCUUGCAAUGUCAUCGAGGCGCUUGGGUUCUUUCUUCCGUCUAUUUAUCUUCCCAGUUAUGCGCGCAAUAUCGGAGCAUCAAGCGUUGAAAGUGCGCUUACAGUGGUGAUCUUCAACGUCGCCUCCGUCUUCGGUUGUAUUGCGAUGGGCUCCAUCGUCGACAAGUAUCACGUUACAACCUGUAUUGUGAUAUCAACCAUUGGAUCUACCAUUGGCAUCUUUGUCAUCUGGGGCUUUUCAGUGUCUCUCGCACCCCUUUACGUCUUUUGCAUAAUCUACGGCUUAUUUGCCGGUAGCUUCACUAGCACAUAUCCGGGAAUUAUGCGCGCCGUCCAGAAGAAGAAGAAUUCAGCUGAACCGGUAAUGGUCUUUGCUUGUCUUGCGGCAGGGAGAGGGAUUGGAAACGUUGUCUCGGGCCCAUUGAGCGAGAUACUUAUUCGAGGUAUGCCUUGGAAAGGUCAGGGAGGUUUCGGAUAUGGCAGUGGAUACGGCCCUCUUAUCGUGUUCACCGGAGUCACAGCCUUCUUUGGAGGCGCCAGUGUACUUGGCCGACGUGUCGGGUGGGUAUGAAAUGGCGACUUCGUUAUUGGUGAAACCCGAAAUGCGUUUGGAACCAUGGGAUGCAUACUUGACAUCGGCGCUCGCGAUCGUCAACUGUGAGUCUCCCCACAUAAUGCAGCUAUGCGGGUCGGUCAACUUUUGCACCGACAUAUUGGUUGAUAUGUUUCCAUAUUGAAUUUGUAAACAUGUAUAUAGGUUGCACAUAUCUGUCGGCUGGAUAUGCAUAGCUUGAUACAAUUCGGGGAGGUGGAAGGAUUAGAACCAAUAUGUAGAGUUAUAGCAGUUUCUAUGAUUUAAAAGACAGACAUGUCUAUAAAAACCAUAUGUCUCUCGCGGAUGACCAGGUUUAUGAGACAAAAUAUGCUAAUUGGG